CAGACACGGCUGCGCCUGCGUCGCUUCUUCCGUCCUACAGAUGGUGCGCUCGAUUUCUGACGGCAUGACGUCACUGGGAAUUUCCAGCGAGGAAGUAAUAUUGUAUCUCAUAGAACGAGUGGCUGAAAGUGGCAUAUGCACAAUCACAAGAAAAAAGAAACUAGUUUCUCCUCAGCCGCACUGAAGAAGACUGAUUUUAUUUCCCUGGUUGUUUACAUAUGGAUUCGUAGCUUUUUUACGCGGCUGCUCGUCUCGUCGUUUCUCUUAAUGGAAAUGGCGCAGUGAAGUGAGUUACUGUCUGCUGGCCCCUGAGACUGUUAACUUUGAAGAUCUCCCGCCUCCAGCUACACCAGUCUUGAUAGAAAACCAACAGCUUCACGAAACGGUGAAGACAUGAACGAUGAAGAUGUAUAUCUGGGAGUUACUCACCCUAUAUUUGAAAUGGAUGCUUUUGAUCCACUGAUUCCAGUGGAGCCUUUAAAUUUUCCUAAUAUGCCAUCUUAUAAUUCACCACGAAUAGCUGAUGGGCCGUACCUGGAAAUCAUAGAACAGCCUAAACAGAGAGGCUUUCGUUUUCGCUAUGGCUGUGAAGGGCCAUCUCAUGGUGGACUACCUGGAGCUUCAAGUGAAAAGAAUAGAAAAUCCUAUCCUCAAAUUAAGAUUUGCAAUUACCAGGGCCCAGGAAGAAUUGUGGUUCAGCUGGUUACUUGUUCCAAAGAGGUACAUUUGCAUGCACACAGCUUGGUUGGAAAGCAGUGUGACAAAGGAAUAUGCAUUGUUGACAUACCACCCAAGGAUUCAUGUGUCAGUUUCCCAAACUUGGGGAUCCUCCAUGUGACUAAGAAGAAUGUUGCCAAAACCCUGGAGGACAGAAUGAUAGAGGCUUGUAAAAUGGGCUUUAAUGCAGGGAUUCGAAUUCACCAGGAGAUAGACUGUUUAUCAGCAGAGGGAAGGAUACCUAGAGACAUUAAUGAAUACCAAAAAAGUCUAAUCAGUAAUGCAGCAAUCAAUCAAGCAAAAGAUAUGGAUCUCAGUGUUGUCAGACUAAUGUUUACAGCCUUUCUACCAGACAGUGAUGGAAGCUAUACAAGGCGAUUAGACCCUGUUAUUUCUGACCCAAUAUACGACAGCAAAGCCCCUAAUGCAUCUAAUUUAAAGAUUGUGAGAAUGGAUCGAACUGCUGGUUGUGUCACUGGAGGAGAAGAGGUCUAUUUACUUUGUGAUAAGGUUCAAAAAGAUGAUAUCCAAGUACGAUUCUAUGAAGAGGAUGAUACUGGAGGUUUUUGGGAAGCAUUCGGGGACUUCUCUCCUACAGACGUUCACAGGCAGUUUGCUAUUGUCUUCAAGACUCCAAAAUACAGAGACCUCAAUUUACAAAAGCCAACAUCGGUAUUUGUCCAGCUAAAAAGAAAAUCUGACAAUGAAACAAGUGAACCAAAACCCUUCACAUACCAUCCCCAAAUAAUAGACAAGGAGGAGGUCCAGAGGAAGAGACAGAAGACUCUACCCAGUUUCCCAGAUUACGGACCACCAGGGUCUGGAUCAGGAGGAAUUUAUAGAGGAGGAGGAGGAGGAGGUGGUGGUGGAGGAGGAGGAGGAGGAGGCAACACUGGUGGCCCUGGAGGGGGAUUUAACUUCCAAGGAUUCUCAAACUACAAUAAUUUCGGAACUGGUUAUUUUCCUCAAGGCUCAGGUGGAAGUGGUCCUGGACUAAAACAUGCAGCACUAGGUCCUCCUAACGUUGACAGUGAUGAUGACAGUGAUCUGGAUGAGGACAGGUGGCCACCAGGCAAUUCAGUGGUUUCUUGUCAAAAAACAUUAGAACCUGGUGCUGUAACUUUAAAGGGGGAGAAUACAUCAGAUGAUGAUGUGAAACAUUUGCAAGAGUCUGAAAAAGUGACAAUAGAAGAUGCUGUUACUCCUGACCUGCAGUUCACUGAAAAGGAAGCUCAGCUUGCACUGCAUCAUGCUUGUGCUCUUUUCAAUUACGCUAUCACAGGGGAUGUAAAAGAGUUACUGGCUGUUCAGAGACCUCUCAUAGCUACUCAGGAUGAAAAUGGAGAUACGGGCUUACACCUGGGUGUUAUCCAUAGCAAAAGUGAGGCAGUAAAAAAUCUUGCCGAUGUGUUAGCCAGUAUUCCUGGCGAAGAUGUCAUCAAUAUGAGGAAUGACCUGUACCAGACUCCCUUGCACUUGGCGGUUAUCACAGAACAAGUGAAUGUCGUAGAGUCUCUGUUGAAAGCCAAAGCUGACGUAUCACUCACUGACAGAAAUGGAAACACAGCUUUACACCUGGCUGCCAAAGAAGGCCAGGCAACCAUUCUGGGACAUUUGCUUCAGUAUAAAGAAGUAAAACUGCUGCUUAAUCAACCAAAUAGUAAUGGUUUAUACCCAGUUCACCUUGCCGUACUUGCAAACAGUCUGUCAUCGGUGAGGCAGCUGCUGGCUGCUGGAGUGGACGUGAAUGCCCGUGAACAGAGCUCGGGACGAACAGCGCUGCACCUUGCAGCAGAGCAAGAAAAUGUCUCUCUAGCAGGCAGCCUUCUUCUUGAGGGUAAUGCGCAUGUUGACUCCUGCACAUAUGAUGGGUCCACUCCACUACACAUUGCAGUUGGAAGGAAGUCUGCUAAACUUACCGCAUUAUUGAAAGCUGCAGGUGCUGAUAUUUAUAAAGAGAAUUUUGAGCCCUUGUAUGAAAUACAUAAUAAAUACUGUGAAGAUCAAGAGGAAGAGGACGAUGAAGGUUUUGUGCCUGGAACAACUCCUCUGGACAUGGCCCUUUCUGAUGAGAUUUAUGAUAUUCUAAAUGGAAAAGAAUAUAAACCAAAGAUGGACUCGCCAGUUUUCCUUCCACAAGGAGAUAUUAACCAUCUCUCAAAAGAAGCAAGAUAUGAAUUGUGUAAAGCAUUGGAAUUUCCAAAGCAGACAUGGGAGGUCUUAGCCCAAAAGUUAGGUCUAGGUGUACUUAACUGUGCCUUCAGAUCAAGUACAUCUCCAGCAAAAACACUUCUGGACAGCUAUGAGGUUUCUGGUGGAACAAUCAUUGAGCUACUGGAUGGCCUAAAAGCAAUAGAAAAUGUCAAGGCUGUUGAAAUUGUUCAGAAAGCUCUCAUUGGGUUUGUAUACAGCCCAGACGAAGAUGAAGAACUUUCAGAAAGUGUCCCUUAUCUUCAGCAACAAACCGCUGGCCAGGGUGCUGGAAGAAUUCAAGACUUGAAGAACAACACAAAUGAAGAUGGUGGUGUGUGUGACAGUGGCGUAGAAACAUCCUUCCGGAAGCUCAGCUGCAUGUCUGAGGAGUCGCUGCACAGCAUUGUUGAUGACCUGCUACUGGGUGACCAGCCUGUCUUUACUUUAACAAGCAGUAUGGAUGUCUGAGAACCACACAAGAACAGAAGAAAGAAAAAAUAUCAUUGCUUUUUGUGGCAUUUGUAUUUGUGAAAAUCGCCUAUCUGUGAAAGACAUUACUUGCAGUUUUCUAUACCUGCAGCAAAAGUGAUGCCAAUUAGAUGCAAUCUUCUGCUGUAAGCCUCAGGCCCUUUUUCUAAGGCCUGCAGAAGGUACUUUAGGCCCAGUGAAUCAGUGUUAAUUUUUUUUGAUAAAAACCAAGACGACAAAUGCUCAACGUUUUUUCUGCAACAAAAACUCAACAAGAACUAAAUAAAAAUGCACCAUUAAUGAUAAAAACUAAGAUAAAUGCUUUUAAAAUCAUUGCUGAUGAAAAGAAAAUGUUAGAAACAGACAACAGACAACUGGACAAUGAGUGAUUGCACAUCUCAGUUACACAUGACUCAAUUUUAAAAACUUGUAUGCAUAUACUUGUAAGACUAGUUUGGGCACCAUCAGGAAAUCAUCACUUCAGCCAGAAUCCUGCUCCACACAGCUCCGCUAUGUCUCAGGCAAAAAAAGCGGUCAGACAUAUGGACCAACUUUAAUCAUAACACUGAUGAAAAUAAAACGCAGUGUAAGCCUCAUGGAAUGAAGCUCACAGGAAAGAACACCACAAACCUGAGAGGCUUCUAUAGGCGCGCCAUCCUGAGAUUCAUGGCAAGAUAUGUAACGUUAUCUAGGUGGCGACUUGCCCGAUGCCAAUGCCGCUAUCUUUGGCUCUUAUUCACUCUGCGAAUACUAACGUGUCAAGUUAAUUUUAGGUGUGCUGCUAGUAGGAAUGUCACAUCGAUAGUAAGGUCGGUACUGCAUUCUGGCAUGACCGCACAUAUAUGAAUAACUUAAGAUGGCACAAUAAUAUGUGACAAAAAUGUGAGUAAAAUCUACAGUGGUGAUGAUACAGUACAGCAUCAACAUGUUGAAAAGAGAAACAGCACUAGUCAUGUCUGGCAAUGCGUGUGAUUAGGGAAAACCUACCAUUAAUGGGGAAAAAAAAGACGCAGACACAGACGGGCUUAUGUUGUUACAAGUGUUACCCUUUGCAAUUUACUUAAACAGAUUCAGGCAGCUUUGAGAGUGCAAUCAGAUGUGAGCUGUAACUGUUUGUUAGGGUUAGUAGUGUUACAGCAGAUGAAAUGACGGGGGGGUUCAUCUCUUUUAUACAGUGUCCUACAUGGUUUGCAUUCGUGCCUCGAUUGUAAUGAGUACUACAUCUACACGUUUGUCCGUGCAUCCAUCCAUUUUAUAACUGGUGGGUAUAGUUUUGGGUUGCAGGUGAAACCGCCUCACACACAUCCACUUAAUAGGGCACAGUGGCAGGGUCGACAGCAGUCGUAGUAAUUAAUAAUUGAGGCAAGUUUCAAACGAAGUGGCUAUUUGGCUUGUCACCAUCAUGGAUGAAAUGAGCUAUUCCAUUUGUUAAUACUAACAUAAAAUGUGUUUAGGAUUUCGGUGCUUAAAGUUCUUGAAGCGCAUCUCCUGAUUAAUACGAUACGUACAUGUACAGUAUGGAAAAACAGCAUCACUGCUGAAUAAGAAUAUGCAGACACUAAAUUUGUGUUAUUCAUUUGGUUUUUGAGGGCAAACUACUGUUUAUGACUGUAACCCCUCAAAAUGUGAAAAACGCAGUAAAAGCAAUUAUGUCAUAUACAUUUUUUGGUAAAAAUCUUACAGCAACAUAUCUAAGGCAUGUUGAGGGCCAGAAAACUGUGAUGAUAGAGCAGAGCUGCCAUUAUCUGAUGAAGAUCUUUGGAGUAAAUCCUAUCCACACCUACUCUUCAUUUUGUGUUCAGUAAUCACUGUGUGUGGUUUGGCCCGUUAGCGUUCAUAUCGGUAUAAUAGUUUAGAGGUACAGUAUAUUCUGUGCAUAUCCAUCCAUCCAUUUUCCAACCCGCUGAAUCCGAACACAGGGUCACGGGGGUCUGCUGGAGCCAAUCCCAGCCAACACAGGGCACAAGGCAGGGAACCAAUCCCGGGCAGGGUGCCAACCCACCGCAGGACACACACAAACACACCCACACACCAAGCACACACUAGGGCCAAUUUAGAAUCGCCAAUCCACCUAACCUGCAUGUCUUUGGACUGUGGGAGGAAACCGGAGUGCCCGGAGGAAACCCACGCAGACACGGGGAGAACAUGCAAACUCCACGCAGGGUGGACCCGGGAAGCGAACCCGGGUCUCCUAACUGCGAGGCAGCAGCACUACCACUGCGCCACCGUGCCGCCCCUCUGUGCAUAUUCAUAUGUGAAAUAAGAUAUCCAUCUGAUUUUGACUAACUAAUUUACUUAUAGUCGAUCAAACAUCAGUUUACUCUUUCUCAAAUAAAACUAACAAUAAUUAAAUGACUAAAAUGUGACUAAAACUAAAAUGCAAUUUAGUCAGAAGACCAAGACUAAAACUUAAUCAAAAUGAACACUGCAGGGAAUGGCAAGUGUGCCAGAAGAGCUUCAAAUGUAGACGGACCCCGUCGCUCCAUCAAACAUUUUAUCUGUAGUUAGUACAAAACUAAUCAACUCAGCAGAACUUUGAAGUAACGGCUUAAUGACAUGACAAUGACAGCGUUUAUUGUUUUUUCUUUUCAGUCGGCCCAAAUUGUGAAAUUCCUCUAAACCUAAGUGCCGAAAAUGUGCAGAUAAACUGUUAAAAUAAAAACAAGUCUGGAGUUUGGUCACAAUGUAGACAGCUGUAGAGAUGAAGCUGUGGUCUUUUCCAGUUGCCUCAUUUAAUGUAAUAAUAAAGUAGUAUUUAAAGAUAAUAAAACUGGUUUGCAUUGCCUGGGCUGUGCAGCCAUAAAACUUUUUUCGUUUAAAGCAGCCUUCCAUGUGCGACUUUCUACUGUUUUUAAUGUUUUCAAUGAUGGCUCCUAAAGUUGCAGCUGUUUUUGGUGCCUUGAUGUUUAUCUUAUUUUUUUUUUUUCCAUACAGUGUAAUUUUUAAUUUUUUUAACACCAUUUUGUGUAAGUGUUUCCCUUUUGGCUCCUUCAGGAACUGUGGACUUCUGUUAUGUACAGUUCUCAGAAAAUGACUUUUAUGUUGCUUUUUUUUCCUUGUUGAGUUUUAUUUAGAAAAAUCUUAUGAUUUAGACUUACAGUAGUGUUUGCAUUUGCAGCUUUAUCAUAUUGAUAUGUGGUGGGCAGCAGUGAAAACAGACUGUCACACCCUGCUAACUGCAGACCUUGGGAUAAUGUGCACUGUAUAUAAAUAUUAUUUUAAAGUGGAACUGUAUGUUAACUUUUAGAAAUACUGAAAAACAUACAAUACCUUCACGUGCAUCAUGGACUAAAUAGUAUUUUUAAAUAUUGUUAAUCGCUUACAUUUUCUGUGUGUAAAUAUUUGUAAUAAAACGCAUUUAUAUAUAUAUAUAUAUAUAUAUAUAUCUACUGUAUAUAUACAGUAUAUAUGCAAAGUUUAUUUUUUAAGAUAAAAUACGGCCUUUUUUCCCCCCAAGGUUUGGACUUUAACUCUGCUUUAAAACUAGCCGCACUCUGUUGUGUUGUCUUGUGUUUGCAUAUUUGGAGCCCAGUUUCACGCUUGCACUUCUAGGAGCGACACCUUCUCCAGCUCGGCCCUCAAGUUGUUUGGUUUUCUCCUCAAAUCACAGGAAGAAGCAACAGCACCCAAAAACCAGAGUGACAUGAAGCGUCGCAUUGUUAACAGAGUAAGUACUCAAAUAACAUUUUCUGCCGACUUCACUUUAUCAUACAGUAUCUGUAACACAUUUUUUAUGAUGUGCCUAAUGAUUUUUUUCAAACAAUUCAUUUACACACAAGCAGCACCUAAGCAGUGUGAACCGCUCAAGUAAGACCGAUGAAGAAUUGUGCACCAUACACUUGUUAGUUGCCCAAGAUAAUAAAAGGACACUAAAUAUAAAAAAUGUUAUAAAGUUUGGCUUUAAAUUGUAGUAA